GUUUAUAGCGAAUCGCCUGAUUCGGCGAUUUGCCGGUCCUCGUGUACGACCACCAGGAGCCACCAGAUGGCAGACAGUGGCAUGUCAGGCCGAAGCAACGAUAGUCUAUCACAAGAAUGGUUCUCAAAGUUCAAAUACAUAUGUGUUCCGUUACUGGAGAAGUCACAGCUAUCCCCCGGGACCGUAGCAGCUGUCUUGUCUCUGCUCUCCAGCCUUGAAAGCGCACUACUCAAUGUUGGUGAAACUAGCUUCACCCUGUCUCAGUCCUUGGUCUCGUAUAUAUUUUUCCCAUUGUCCACGAUCCUCCGCCGGAAUGAGCCGUCUACCAUUCCAGACCAAAUUAUGGAGAAGAUAUUUCGCAUUCUUGCCAUUCUAUGCGAAACAUGGUGGUGGUCCUUUGACAUACAGAUAUGGGAUCAGAUAUUCAAGCUUUGCAGCUCUAUCAUCGGGAGUGACGAAGGCAAGGGCAAGGGCAGAGUCAGGGAUGAUGAAACCAAAGAAGCAGCAGCACGAUGCCUGUGGGCUAUUCUUCGGGAACGUCGCGCAGAUGAAGCACCGCAAGACUCUCCUGAGGAACUGUUGCGCACGCGUGUUUCGCAACUUCGAGCGCAUUCUCAAAGCCUGCAAUUCAUGCCUGUUCUCGGGCAGACUAUCAAUACGCUCCUCCUCACUGCAAAGUCUCCUCAUCUCCCAUUGCAGCGCGUUUCGCUGAAAAAUCUUCGUGCACUCAUCAGUGUAUAUGCUUCAGAGCAAUUCUUACCUUCCAUCUUGCCUGGUGUCGUGAGCAGCAUGACCAGAAUUGCUCUUGGAAUGUCGAGCAAGAAGGGAUGGGUCAAUGGAGACAUCGUCGCUCUGAGCCUUGAGACCCUGGGGCCUAUAAUCGUGAAGUCGUUAGGAGACGAUGUAUCUAUCCGAGAGGGUGUCGUUCGGAGUGUCGUGGACCUUGAAGACUUCAUCAACCUCGCAGACGCUCCUGCAGUGAAUCCAAAACCACCCGACUUUCCUUCUUAUCUGACUCCACGUACUUCGAGUUGGUUGCGUGCGUCGGCAUCCCAAUUGCACAUCGCGUUAAAUUCUUUGACACUUCUCGUGAAUCAUCCGACUCCGCUUGCUUUGGUUGCUCUGUCGUCUUUCUCAAGGGACAUCCUUGCCUCCACACAUCUGACUCUUCCCCAAUCCCGACCUCUUCUGUUAUCUUGGCUCUUGUCACUAUCGAACUGUCCUUUCCGGGAGGUUUCGCAAGCCGCCCACCAUGCCCUAUCAGAGCUGCUGACGGCUGCUUCGGAUGCGAGACUACCGUUACUCCAAGCACUUCUAGAAAUUUCAAAAGAGAACCUCAGUUCUUUGCCUCGAUCAAUCGUUUCCCAAGAUGACAACAAGGUAGAACACAUUGCAGGCCAGAUAGAGGCAAUCUGCCGGUUGGCUACGUCUAGUAGCACGUCUUCUACCGGCCUCGGUCUGACAUCAAUCUCUUUGGGUAUCGACGCGCUAUUAGGGCCAACCGGCGGAAUUGAGAAGUGGGGUUUUACUCUGCUUUCUGUUUUAGAGUUCACGAGUCCACAAGUGACUGUCAGCCAGGGUUCCGUCGCCCAACUCUUACUAGAGAAUAAUGCGGACAGCCCGGACACAAUUAAUUUCCCCGAGGCAAUGCUAAAAAAUGUCCUCGCAAGGUCUACACGCGAUGCUCUGGCUCGCAUGCUACGUGCUUUGGGGGAAAGCAGCGGCGAAAAUAGUAUCUAUGCUGUUGAAUGGUUCAUCAGUACAGGACGUUAUUCACGAACCAACAAUGCCGUUGCGGCAUUAUGGUGUGCUGCUCGCCUCCUUGAGGGGAUCAGCGGCUUUAGUCUGGAUGAAGGCGGCAUGACUAUUUCGAGCGGGCCCCGGAGCAGGAAACUGGAGCGGUUUGCAAGAGGCUUAGCUCGUGAUCUCGCCGAGUUAUGGGACGAAGAGCCCGAUUUCAAUAGCCAGACUGAUGCUCCCCGCACGGAUCGUCCGACGGAUGACUCAUUGCUGAAGACGGAAUUCACGAAGGGGUUUAAAACUAUUCGUGCCAGCCUGCAGGUAGCAGAGCCAAGAGCUACACUUCCUACUCUAUCCGAAGAUCAACCCGUACUGCAUAAGAUAUUUUGCUUGCAGUUGCUUUCGAUUAGUGCAGGCAUUUUGCAGGCUCGCUAUGCCUCUGUUCUCAUCCAGGUCCUCUAUCCGGUUUUACAUUCGAUCGUGUCGCCCACGCCCCAUCUUUCCUUGACCGGCCUUGCGACGCUGCAUUUUAUUUCGGCUGUCAUGUCGUACGCCUCUCCAGCCAACCUCCUCCUGUCGAACUUUGACUAUGCAUUGGACUCUGUUUCUCGCCGCCUUAGCCGGAGAUGGCUUGACGUUGAUGCGACGAAAGUGAUGGCAGUCCUUGUGCGCCUCGUAGGAGCUGAUGUGGUGCAGAAGGCUGGCGAUGUUGUUGAAGAAUGCUUUGACCGUUUGGACGAGUAUCACGGGUACGAAGUCAUUGUUCAAGGCUUGGUGGGAGUAUUAGGAGAAGUGAUCAAGGUCAUUGAGGCUGAAGAGCCUCCCCCCCAAAAGGAAGGUCAGGACGACAUGCAGUCGUCGAUGAUAACUCGUUCAUUGGAGCCACUCUUCGAAUGGCUCACUCAUCGAAACGAUCCCCCACCUCAUGAAGACACUACCGACUACGGUCCUGCCCCCCAGAGGGCAUGGGGUGCCGCCAAGGCAGAUAAAGAAUCAGAUGAAAAACAGUCAGAUGGUCCAACCACACAACCGAAAGUCGCCGAGGACGCCGAGCCUGCGCCUACACCGGGACAAGCCUUGACUAAACAGAUGGUUUCGCGAUCUAUCUAUUUCCUCACACACCCGUCACCCAUCAUUCGAGCUCGGAUCCUGACACUGCUAAGCUCGGCUACCCCUGUUCUCCCUGAGUCGGCCCUGAUGCCAUCUAUCCAUCAAGCUUGGCCAUUCAUCCUGAACCGCCUCAAUGAUGCCGAGCCAUUUGUAGUCAGUGCGGCUGCUGGUCUUGUGGAAUCCCUCGUGACCCACGUUGGCAAUUACAUGGGCCGGCGAGUAUGGGACGAUGUUUGGCCCCGUUUCGCCAGCAUUCUAAAAAAGCUAGAUGCUUCCGAUGAUCAGAACGCCCUCGCACGCCGUGGUUAUGGAGCGGUAGGAACGGAAUCAGCAUACACUCACUCUCACCGCUUAUACCGCUCCAUUUUGAGAACAAUGACUGCUGCCGUGACCGGCGUUCAUAUGCAAGACACAUCCGGCUGGCAGGUCAUCCUUGCAUUCAGGCGCUUCUUGCACAAACAGGCACAUGAGGAACUACAGGCCUGUGCAAGAGAGUUGUAUGUGGCACUCGGCAGGGGUAAUGAAGAUGCCGUAUGGCUAGCCCUUAUGGCGACGUGUGGGCAUCUGACUGGGGAGGUCGCUUUCUUGAGAGACUACAAAUGGGAUAUACAAGAUAAUGUCCGUGUAAUCUUGAACGAGUAAAGCAUAUCUUCGGUUGGUAUCGUAUUAGUCUUACUACCAAUUUCCGUUGCUAUUUUUAUGGUUCUGGGGGUGGAACGUGUCGGAAAAUCUCUACUCCAGCCUCCUGAAACAGUCGUGCGGACGCUUCAUCUCUAAAACAAAAUGAGAGAAAUGCAGGAUAAGAGAUAGACACACUUACACCUUAUAGCUCAAAUUGUAGAC